GCCCAGAGGACAUUCAGGCAAACACAUUUGGGGGACAUCGACGUAGCCAAACUGUUUCGUCGUGUGUCCGGCCACAGACCUUAUGUUGGUAGUAGCAGGGUGUUCAAGAAAUUCUUGUCUCGCGUGAGUAACGUCAUCUACUAAGAAGUUUUAUCCAUCCAUCUCUCUCUCUCUCUCUCUCUAUAAUUACUAUUUAUCUACUAAAAUCUACCGGUAUCAAUAUAAUUUAUAAUUACUAUUUCUGUCUCACUAUAUAGACCAUUUAUGUCGCUAUAAAUUAUUAUUUAUCUACCACUGAGUAUCACUGUCAUUAAUAUUUCUUUCUCUCUAUAAUUAAAAACCGAUUUAAAGACACAUCUAUUUCGCGAACACCUGCUGGGAUGAUGUCUACCAUAUUUUCCAGUGAAUGGAUAUUGGCUGUGUUGCUUAUGGGUGAUGAACAGAUUUUCCAGGGGGGGGGGGGCACUUCAAAUUUUUCGGGUGUGGGGGGGGGAGUGCCGGCAGUUCCAGUUGAUUUAUCGUCGGACAUAUUUUUGCUCCGGGGGGGGGGNGCCCCCCCCCCCUCGGAGCUAUAGCUGAAAGAAACCCUGCUUGGUAUGCUUGCAAGUAGUGUUGCGUUUGUUUUAAAUGUGGUAAAUUAUAGAUUUUUUUUUUUUUUUACUUUGUUCCGCGCUUCGAGCCUUUGGUGAUGAAGCGUGUUGUUCAAAUAAACUUGAUUAUUAUUAUUUAUUAUUAUAAUUACUAAUGAUAAUGUCUUUAUAUGUCUCUCUCUCAUACCACUUUUGCUGAUUGGUUGUAACCGUAGGUUGAGGUAGGUUAAGUCGUGAAUUUGACGCACCGUAACGUCAAUCAUAGAAUUAAGCUGAGCCCUCAGAGCCCCACACUUGAGGUCCUGACACCUUACAAAUGGAUAGCCCGAUAGCGAAAACUGACUAGCUCAGAUUUCUAUUUUUUUAAUAAUAAAUCUGCUAUUGAGUUUUGAUAGGUGUGCUGACAGCCACGAACCAACUAACUCAAUCUCUGACGUAACAGAUUCUCUAAAAAUAACAUAAGCAAACAAAAUGUAAGAAAACAUUGUCAUGACUUAUUUUUUGAGCUAAAACUACUAAGGAUCUUGUUGAAAGUCGCUGGUAAAUGACUGUGGGGGGAGGUAAUCAUUUUAACGUUAUCUGGUAGUGAAGUUGCGUCCCCCGAAUGGAAACAAAGGAAUGUAUUCACAUUGUUUAACUUAACUUUUAUUGACACUGUGUUGUGUCAGUGUUUAACUCACUAUAUUUACAGCUUAUUGAUGGUGUGUCGUGACAAUGUUCCACUCACUUUAUUGACCGUACGCUGGGACAUUGUUUAUAUCAACUUCAUUGACAGUGUGUUGUGGUCUACUUUCGACGAUGGCUGUGUUUUGUGUCCGAUGUUUAAAAAGACCCCCAUCCUUUUAAACUGGGUUCAACUCUCUCAAGACCCCCAUCCUUUUAAACUGGGUUCAACUCUUUCGUCGUAAUUGUUCAAAAAUGCAUACGCCUCUAAGACUUCACAGUAACUAGACAGCUUCAGGGAUGUAGAGCAGUGGCAACGGCUAAACACGUGACACGAAGGAAGCCGGUCCUGAGUCGGGCACCUGUCUUCAAUGAGAUACCGGAUCCGGUGACUCUCUAUAAGUUAGCAUCUCCUAUAAGCAGUUCUGCUGAUACACCGUCCGGCAUUUAUAUUAAUCCAACUCAGACUGUCCCCAAUGUCAAUGUCCUCAUACAUGUAUUCUUUUGUAAACCUGAAUGCAUGAGUUCUCCGUGAAUUGAGGCUGCAUCUGAUAUUUAUAUUCUUAUCUAAGACGGGAUUUCACGAUCCUACAGAAAAAUCGACCUGGAAAGUCAAUGUAGAACUAAAGUUUAGCCUAUACAUUUAGAAAAUAAAAACAAGAUUAAACAGUCCAAGAUUAAAUUUAAGGAGCUUUUUCGUUUUAAGUGAAUGUUUAACUGUACUCUUUAACUUCAGUAAUGACAGUUCUUUUACUUCACAAACGCCCCAUUCAGUUGACUAUCACAUUCCUUAUCACUUUGUUUUGUAACACUACAGUGACCCUUGACAUGAUUUGAAACACUUUAUGAAUGAUACGAAAUUCCUCCAAAUGUUCACCAUUUUUGGACAGGGUCUUUGAAAGUCUUUGACAAAGGAAGUGGAAGAAUCGUAAUAUCGGUAUCAUAAAUUAAAUAUGAUGUCUUGACGUCAUACGUCCAAUGGUGACAUCAGAUGGUGAAAAUGUUUUCCCAGUUGAAAUCUUUAACAUUGUCAUAAUUGGACACACUUGCGUAGGGAGCUAGACCUGUGGCUGUGGUGGGGGGGGGGGAGCGGCCCCCCACCACGGGGAAGCACUUUGUCUAUAUAUUGAGGGGCGACCUUUUCGGUCAAUAUCAGGGUUGUUGUUUUUUUUUCCAUUUUAUUUUUGUAUAGAAUAGAAUAGGAAGUGAACUGCGCUGUCCACGUAGGAGAGUGACCUGCUUUAAAUAAUUUUAAAAAAUACAAAAUAAAUAUCAAUAUUUGUCUAUUUUCAAGAAAACCCCAAAGUUUAUCACCAUUGCCUCAACUUAGUUCAACUGAUGUCCUGACAAGACUUACAUUCACGUUUAGAGAAUGUGUCUAUGUCUUGAAUCAAUUGAGUUGUCGCUCUUGGCAUGAAGACGACACACGAAACUCGUUUAAAUAGCUUGCGCUUGGGUAAUAAUGAACUGGUCGGCCUGGGAGAGGCAAGGCUGUCUUAAUAGACAGUGAAGGGUUUGACCACAAUGAUAGCAACCACAAUGGGUAACCCUAGAGACAGUGAACAGACCACCAGGGGUCCAUCGACCCCAAUCAUCCUUUAAGGCGCUUAGGCUAUGCUGUAUAGACAUCGGAAUCCAUUUGUUGUUGUUUUUUGUGUGUUUUUUUUGUCCCCUGGCCUCUGUAUUCAUCACCCUCCCCCCCACACACACACACCCGACACAACCACACACAACCACACACACACACACGACACAACCACACACACACUUCCUUUAACAACGAGGACACGUAUGUUUGCGUAUCAAGUGAGCAAAUUAAAUUUAAAAAAUAUGUCGCAGUCAGCGAUGCAUUUCUAAAACUUUGCCAAAUUUUCUUCCGAAUUUGUUAUUUAAGAUAACGACACUCAAAAUAUACAUCGUUUAUGUCUAGCCAUUGGUCUACUUUAUACUGAGGCCAAGGGUCCGACAAUAACAGUGGGGCAGCCACGCCACGUGUGUGGGCCGAAGUGACGCACCUGGUCAUACAUUGAUACAUAAUGCAUUAUGGGUUUCUAUUGUCCGUUUGAACAAAAAAAAUCUUCAUGGUCAAUAUGGUAUCUUCAACAGGUGCGGUACGUUGAAGGUCGGAUUAACCAGGCUGGAUAACCCAGGGAUUGGCUCCUCAUCGUUGACCAGCUGACCAGUCGGGCAGAGAGUAAGAGCCACUCGACCAACACUGUUGUAUUGACGUGAGAAAAUCCAUUUUUAUCGAGGAUACGAUGGCCACCAACGCUGUGCGCAGUUUUAUAAGGACUUUUGGCUCCAGCGCCUCCAUUCCACCAAGGAUGCCAGCUCCACCCAGGGCGCUCAACCGAUGGAGAAGAGUCACCGGGACGGUGUCGGCGAGAAGAGAGAGCCACAGCUACUACACCGAUGUGGAGAGUCNGUGAGGGUGUGUGAUUGGGUGGGGGUGUGGUGUGAGGGUGUGUGAAUGGGUGGGGGUGUGGUGUGAGGGUGUGUGAGUGGGUGGGGUGUGGUGUGAGUGUGUGUGAAUGGGUGGGGGUGUGGUGUGAGGGUGUGUGAAAUGGUGGUGGUGUUGGCUUGAGGGUGUGUGAAUUAGUGGUGGUAAGGUGUGGGGCUAGGUGUGAGGUUGUGUGAAUGGGGUAAUGGUGUGGAGCCAGGGUUUGUGUGUGGUCAAGGUGUUUUUUAUAAGGUGUAUGACUCCCAAUAAGUGUAGGAUUCAUGAUAUGUCAUGACGUCUGUUGAAUCAUGUUAAUCAACAAUGAUUGACCUUGACCUUACAUGUCUCCCAUUUGCGUCACUCACAGGGUCACUGGGCCAGCUUGGACCAGGACUUGCUAAAAUAUUGAGGUAAGAGUGCCCAAUGGUACACAUGAUGACCAUCCAUAGUAGUCAGAAACUUUCUAACUACACAUUUCUGUCUACACAUUUCUGUCUACACAUUUCUGUCUACACAUUUCUGUCUACACAUUUAUUUCUAUCUACACAUUUAUAUCUUUAAGUCAUUUAUUCAAUCUCCGAGUUUAAAGAAAAAUUCUAAUAUAUUCACACGGGGGGGGGGGGUGUUGACUUAAUCAUUGUUUGCCAUCGCCCAUAUUAUAUCUUUAAGUCAUUUAUUCAAUCUCCGAGUUUAAAGAAAAAUUCUAAUAUAUUCACACGGGGGGGGGGUGUUGACUUAAUCAUUGUUUGCCAUCGCACAUAUUAUGAACGAAAUAAUGACGUCGAGCUUGUGUACACUACAAUUGGGGUCUGAUUUCUGUCUGCUCCCACUGAAGCUAUAAAGAUUUUGACUCUACUGUCCUCGAUAUUUGGACAACCUGACAUUUGCUUGGGUCUGUUUUUUUUGCAAUUGAGACGUUCAUAGCCCCCAUGUUCACUGGUCACAUUUUUCAAACAUUGGUUUAAGGUGGGUCUGUCAGUGGGCCACAUUUGAAUAUAGGGAUUCAAUGACUUGACACAACUAACCAAAAUGGGGGUGGCGGGGGGGGGGCGGCCGCAUGAUUUCAUCAGCCCAUGGCACAUCAUGGGUUAACGUCUCAUGCCACAAAUGAGCUAUCUUCAUAGUUUCAGGGCAAGCAGUCUUAACCGGUUAGGUGCAGUUUCAUCAGCGUUUUCGAAAGAUCAAAUUCAUUUGCCCGAAGCACUUUCUUGAUGCACAUCAGUGCAUGUGACCUUCAUUUGAACUACUGGACCAUUCUCGAAAACAAGCGGCCCGCCAGCACCCACUUUGGGGCCCGUGAAGUAACGAAAUAUUCUUUUGUAUUUAUAUUUUCUUAAUAGCUCCCCCCACGCCCCGGGUCCUAAUUUCUUUUGGCCCCUUCAAGUUUUUCAUAAAGUAUUACGACCCUCCUUACAUUUUGAGUUGGGCAGGCCUGUGUUAGAGCGAUGAUUUGUAAAACAUUGGUUUGUCUUGUCAGUUACAAGAAAGCUGGAAAGAAUCUGUAUUUGCUACAAGUAUUACAAGAAAUCAAAAUUAGUAAUAAAAACAAGUAAAGUACAUUGAGCUUCGCUUAAAUCUUAUCUAUAGACAAAAAUCUUUCAUUUUUGGAAAAUUUGAGAUAAGGGAAGUCAGCCGGUGACGUAACCUAUUUUCAGAUGUGUGACUCAUAUGGUCAACCCCUGGCUACAGCCAUAAUGGUGCAGGUCUACCUGGUUAGAUCAUUGGCUUACAUGGUUAGGCCAUAGGCCUACAUGGUUAGAGCAUUGUCCUACAUGGUUAGAUCAUUGGCUUACAUGGUUAGGCCAUAGGCCUACAUGGUUAGAGCAUUGUCCUACAUGGUUAGAUCAUUGUCUUACAUGGCUGGGCCAUAUGCCUACAUGGUUAGAUCAUAGGCCUACAUGGUUAGAUCAUUGUGUUACAUGGCUGUGCCGUAUGCCUACAUGGUUAGAGCAUAGGCCCACAUGGUUAGAGCAUAGGCCCACAUGGUUAGAGCAUAGGCCCACAUGGUUAGAGCAUAGGCCCACAUGGUUAGAGCAUAGGCCCACAUGGUUAGAUCAUUGUGUUACAUGGCUGGGCCAUAUGCCUAUAGGGUUAGAUCGUAGGACUCGUAUAGAGAGUUGCAGACAGAGCACAAAAGGUCCGACCCAUAUCAGUUUGAGAGCCUUGCCAUCAAAGGACGCCCCACGGGCAACAGAUCUAACGGACGAUUAACGGGAGCUGGUUGGAGUUAAAAAUGGCUUUAUUUAAAAAGUAGGCGCAAUGUAGGGACCACGUGACUUGAGUGGACGUCACGUUGACAGGUAAAGUCUAUAAUGAAUGUUAGGCAAAUAAAAAAAAAAGGUCAUUACCCUAAUGGCCUAGUAUAAAAAUAGAUUUUGUGACCAGUGCAAAGGUCAGAGGUUGAUGACAGGGUUAAACCAUUGCAUCAUUGCGAAACGCUGUAGCUUCGUAGCCAGAAGCGUACUUGGUCCUAUCGUACUUGGUCCUAUCGUACUUGGUCCUAUCGUACUUGGUCCUAUUGCAGGGCUGCACUUUUUUAAAAACAUAUAUUUCGGCCAUCGGUGAAUUUUUUUCUUUGGGGUGCCACUGCACAAAAAAAAAAAAAAAUAAACAGAAAAAACCAAACCAACACAUAAUAAAAAUCGUACUUGGUCCUAUCGUACUUGGUCAUAUCGUACUUGGUCCUAUUGCAGGGCUGCACUUUUUUAAAAACAUAUAUUUCGGCCAUCGGUGAAUUUUUUUCUUUGGGGUGCCACUGCACAAAAAAAAAAAAAAAACAAACAGAAAAAACCAAACCAACACCUCUUAAAGUCACUGUAGGUCUACUUUACCUUAAAAAAUACGUUACAAUGUCUUAAGUAAUAAAAAAAAUACGUUCUAUUACUAUAUUAAUUAAUAGAAUAGAUUUGUUCUUAUAGCAAUUGAAUAUAUUUUUUUCUUGUAGCAAUGCUGAGUAUAGAUGUGUUCUUAUAUCCCACAGAGAAAAGUUUGGCCGUGAUCACGUGAUCAUGUCUGACAUAAACAAAGCUCCAGAGUCUGUCUUGGAAUCAGGUAAUUGUAAGACAGGAACAGAUGACUGUCAAACUCCCGUUUCUACUAGAUUGGUUAAGUCAUCAAGUUCUUUCACACGUUGUGAUAAGUCGUACUAGCACUGAAUCAACUCAAGCCCUUUAUCGUAAUAAGUACAACUUUAAUAUCUAAUGUCAAUUCACAGACUAUUAUUGUUAAUUCCACAUACACAUGCAUAGCGCAGAUCGCUAUCAGAGAGCAAUAAAUCACAACCUCCUUUCACAAAGUUCAUUUCAAGACUGCCCCAUGACUAAAACGUACGUCACACAACAGACUAGACAAUACGUCAUAAAUGAGCAUAAAAAUACGUCACCAAGUCAAGCGCGGGAAGAGCGUUCACUAACUAAUUAAUCUCUCAAACACACACCACGCGUAAUCAAACAAAUAUCCAGUUGCAACAAUUAUUAGUGAACUCCCCAUACUCUACAAUGACAGAUGAUACAUUGAUCAAUUUAAAAUCUGCCUUGGAAUCAGGUUAAUGUUAGGUAAUGACUGAUGACCUUUCCAUUCAAGUUUAUGAACAGUUGAGAUAAUUGGCGCUCUAUGUUGACUCUGAACUAGUCUUAACCAGUAAAAGAUGAAUUCACUUGUUGUUGUUUGAGUUCUGUGUAAUGGUGUAACUGUCAUAGUGUAGUUGUUAUGAUGUAACUGUCAUGAUGUAACUGUCAUGGUGUAGUUGUCAUGAUGUAACUGUCAUGGUGUAACUGUCAUGUUGUAACUGUCAAAAUGUAACUGUCAUGAUGUAACUGUCAUGAUAUAACUGUCAUGGUGUAACUGUCAUGAUAGAACUGUCAUGGUGUAACUGUCAUGGUGCAACUGUCAUGAUGUAACUGUCAUGGUGUAGUUGUCAUGAUGUAACUGUCAUGGUUUAAUUGUCAUGAUGUAACUGUCAUGGUGUAACUGUCAUGGUGCAACUGUCAUGGUGUAACUGUCAUGGUGUAACUGUCAUGGUGUAACUGUCAUGGUGUAACUGUCAGGGUGUAACUGUCAUGGUGUAGUUGUCAUGAUGUAACUGUAAUGGUGUAAAUGAAAUGAUGCAUUCAUCAAUCCCCAUCUGCCAGCUUGCUUAUAUUACUGGAUGCAAUUGGCUUGUAAUGUCCACUGCCUUGUAAUGUCCACUGGCUUGUAAUGUCCAUUGGCUUGUAAUGUCCACUGGCUUGUAAUGUCCACUGGCUUGUAAUGUCCACUGGCUUGUAAUGUCCACUGGCUUGUAAUGUCCACUGGCUUGUAAUGUCCACUGGCUUGUAAUGUCCGCUGGCUUGUAAUGUCCACUGGCUUGUAAUGUCCACUGGCUUGUAAUGUCCACUGGCUUGUAAUGUCCACUGGCUUGUAAUGUCCACUGGCUUGUAAUGUCCACUGGCUUGUAAUGUCCACUGGCUUGUAAUGUCCACUGGCUUGUAAUGUCCACUGGCUUGUAAUGUCCACUGGCUUGUAAUGUCCACUGGCUUGUAAUGUCCACUGGCUUGUAAUGUCCACUGGCUUGUAAUGUCCACUGGCUUGUAAUGUCCACUGGCUUGUAAUGUCCACUGGCUUGUAAUGUCCACUGGCUUGUAAUGUCCACUGGCUUGUAAUGUCCACUGGCUUGUAAUGUCCACUGGCUUGUAAUGUCCACUGGCUUGUAAUGUCCACUGGCUUGUAAUGUCCACUGGCUUGUAAUGUCCACUGGCUUGUAAUGUCCACUGGCUUGUAAUGUCCACUGGCUUGUAAUGUCCACUGGCUUGUAAUGUCCACUGGCUUGUAAUGUCCACUGGCUUGUAAUGUCCACUGGCUUGUAAUGUCCACUGGCUUGUAUGUAGAUUUUGUCUUGUUGCGUUUUGUAUUUUAAUGUGGAAACAUAUAAAUUGCCAUAUACGGUUGAAUUGGUGGCGUGCUUCGAGCCUUAAUUAGGGAUGAAGCGUGUUGUUGACAUUAACUUAAUUUAUUAUUUAUGCAAGAAAUAACCAUUAAAAUCUUCCCUCUCUCCCCCCCCCCCCACACACACACAACAGGCCCAUUCCUGUUUGCUGAUGUUCUAGACAUGCGGUCCCUUAGAGAGAUCUGUGUCAAUUAUGAGAUCGACUGGCUGAUUCACUUCAGCGCCCUCCUCAGUGCCGUAGGUGAGGCUAAUGUGCCCCUGGCCAUGCAGGUCAACAUUGAGGGACUUCAUAAUGUACUGGAGGUGUCCCGAAUGUACAAGUUGAAACUCUUCAUCCCCAGCACAAUAGGUGGGUGACCUAAUUGACAUGAACUACACACUUUGAACUAACUGAAAAUUAUAAAUUAUAGCUUGUUUGGACUACAUGGACUAUACACCUUGACUUAAAUGAACAUUGCAACGUGUUUGGACAGAGGACACAGACAUAUGUCUUAUGGUUCGGAAGGUUUAAAAUAUAUUUUAAUUUUUAAGUAAAAAAAAAAGUUACAAUUUGAAAAUCCUUUUUAUAGACGUUUGGUAACUUAUGGUCAUUAUAGCAAGUCGUUGUAUAAACAAAAUAUAUGUUAUACUUAAAUAUUACAAACCGUGGUUCAGGUGCAUUUGGCCCAGAUUCACCCAGAUACCCAACACCUGACCUCACAAUACAGAGACCAAGAACAAUUUAUGGAGUCAGCAAGGUGCAUGCUGAGCUCAUGGGAGAGGUGAGAAUAUUUAUAACAUUGGCUAAACAUGGGAGAGGUGAGAAUAUUUAUAACAUUGGCUAAACAUGGGAGAGGUGAGAAUAUUUAUAACAUUGGCUAAACAUGGGAGAGGUGAGAAUAUUUAUAACAUUGGCUAAACAUGGGAGCGGUGAGAAUAUUUGUAACAUUGGCUAAAUUUUAAACAGAAUUUAAUACACAUUAAUUCAUGAAUGGAUCUAAAUAUCGAUACUGGCUAUUAAUAUGAGUGCUUUCAAGUCAGUGAGUGAGAUCUAUGUGGUAGAACUUAAAACUUAUGUAUCCUCUCAUAUUUAUGUUCUAUAGAAUUCCAGUCAAGGAUUUAUUUUCAAACCAUAAUGUUCUUUUUAACAAAUUUCAAUAUACUUUAAAAAAAAAUAUUCAUUGACUUGUGCCGUGUUCAACUUUGAUUAACUAUAUGCAAUAAAAAUGUUUUGGAUAAUUUAGAGAAAAGGAUAUUCCUUUUAAUAUUGCAGUACUAUAAUCACAAGUUCGGCUUGGACUUUCGGUGCCUGAGAUACCCAGGGGUCAUCUCAACGGAUCAACCUGGAGGUGGUACGACAGGUGAGACAAGGUUUGUCACAGAUGUCACAAACCCAGCUUUUGUGUUUUGAGAAAACAAAAAGCGAAGUUAAAAAAAACAACAAAAAGACAUACCUUUUAAAUAAUAUAAUAAAUUAAACCAAAAAUGGAAUAAUUUAAAGAUCACCAAAAAAAAAAAAAAAGGACAAAAUUAAAAUCUAAAACUAGGAAUGUCUUAUUGUAACCUACUACACUCCAGAUUAUGCCCUGAAGAUGUUCCAUGAUGCCCUGAACACUAAGGUGCAACACUGCUACCUGAAAAACAAAAAGCGAAAUUAAAAAAAAAAACAAAAAGACAUACCUUUUAAAUAAAAAAAUAAAAUAAACCAAAAAUGGAAUAAUUUAAAGAUCACCAAAAAAAAAAAAAAAGGUCAAAAUUCAAAUCUAAAACUAGGAAUGUCUUAUUGUAACCUACUACACUCCAGAUUAUGCCCUGAAGAUGUUCCAUGAUGCCCUGACCACUAAGGUGCACCACUGCUACCUGAGACCAGACACCAGGCUGCCCAUGAUGUACAUUGACGACCUACUGACAGCCACAGUGGACUACAUGCAGGUAAGCACAUAUUAUCGUGCCUCAUUGUUUAGUAAGAGGUCAUGCAUGGCUAAAAAAAAAAAUCCAGUGGAUUUCUGAAGAUGACACCGAUUUCUUAAAAUAAUUCUAAAACUGAUUCAUGAUGUGAAUUCAUAUUUAAGGUUUUCCAUGUAAAAUGUUUCUACUUUUUCUGCUCAGGUCCCAGAUAAAAAGCUUUCUAUGAGGACAUACAACAUUGGAGCUGUUGACUUCACACCUGAAGAGCUGGCUAAUGAACUGAGGAAAUUUGUGCCAGACCUUGAGGUUGUCUACAACCCUGACCACAGACAAGCGAUAGGUCAGUACAUGAGUUGGGGUUAUCUGGCCUUGAAUAAUUUACAUGUCUUUAACAGUUUGUGAGAAUUUCAGGAGGAAAUUUAAUCUGAUAAUCCAAUGAUAAUCCAAUUUAACAUCUGACCGUUGAAAUGUUGUCUUUGACAGGUUGACAGAAUUGAAACUGAAAUAGAAAAAUUGUUAAUAAAAUUAUUUUUUUAAAAAGCGCACACAUAACAUUUAUAAAUGCUGACAUGAGUUGAUUUAAUUUAUCCAAGUCACUGUUGUGUUAAAUAGUACUUUUAAAAUAAAAAUCCAUAAACAUGCCUCAAUAAAUUUAGGAGGCUUAAGGUGGUAUGAGAUGCUAGGUGGUAUGAGAUGCUAGGUGUUAUGAGAUGCUAGGUGUUAUGCCAUGCUAGUUACCCUGACUCAAUCUAAUUUUCUAUCGGCAAUUGCUUUGAAUAUUACAACCAAAAAUGUUUGCAUCAUUAAGUAUAAAUAGUUAUGUUGUAUGUCUGCAUUAUUAAGUAUAAAUAUUUAUGUUGUAUACAGCUGACUCAUGGCCACAGAAGUUUGAUUACAGUACAGCAGUGAAAGACUGGGGCUACCGUCCCCUUUACAACAUGUCUGCCAUGUGUGAGGUCAUGGUCCAGUCCCUGCUGCCGAAAUACAAGAUCAGAAGGAACCAGACGCUGGAGGAGGUCAAGGAAUGAAGCUCUGGUCCGUACCCAGCAGCCAUUUUGUAUCUCAGCUGUGGAAGAAGAGAGUUUUUAUGUCCACAGGAGGAAAGGAAAACCACUGAACAAUACGGUUCACUUGGCUUGGUGUGUUAUCGUUAGAGGGGAUUGCCUUGAGUAGCUUUGAAACAUGGAUAAAAAUACCUGACCAAUUGUAAAAUUCUCCAUAACUUGUAUACAAAUAGACACAAUAUAUAUGUGUAACUGGUUUGGAAACUUGUGUGCAUCCAAGUUCUUCUCUGUGUACGGAUAAAAUUAAAAUAAAUCACUCAUCAUAGGUGGAGCACAUCCUGUUUUGUAACGCAUAUUGUGACUGCUAUUUAAAUAGGUCAGUAGAUUUGUAAAAUUUAUAUUCCAAUAAAGAGAUACUUGUGAUUUUAUGAUGAGAUUACUUUGCAAAGUCAGCCAUGAACUAUCUACUUUUUAAAAACUUUUCUUGGCUUGAUAUACAGACAAAAUAUUCUAAAAAUAAUUUUCCAUAUCAUAUGUUUCGGUGAUUUGUGAAGCACUGACUAAAAAAUAGCAAUGUAAAAUAAAUAUCUACAUACUCAAACAUCAUUACUGGAUUGUUCACAAUCAAACAUCCAUUUUAUAUUGAAACUUAUCAUCAUCUGGUGUUGGUUAUCAUUGUAUAAUACAAGACCAAGAAUCUACCUGUACGAAUUGAGGACCCUUGAAUCAGAAGCUUAAAGGAAUGUUGACAUUGUUAAUGAGAUGUGAAUCUCGAUUUAUGCUGUACAAAUUGAGGACCGUUAUAUCAGCAGCUGAAAGGAAUGUUGACAUUGUUAAUGAGAUGUGAAUCUCGAUUAAUGCUGAACAUUUCAUAUAAAUAUUACUCUUCCCAUACCUCUUUUCUUUUCCUUUUUGCUCUGAAUAUUUUUUAACUCAAAUGGAAAAUGCGAUUUAAUUUUUUAAACAUCCAACCAUUUUAUCUUAAUUUCACUCUGAUAUUUUAAGAGAUUUUAUUCCAAGUUCAAAGGUAUAUGAGUAAAAUAAGAAUAUUUUAAUAAAUUCUUAAAUCAUAAACUUUCCUCUUUCAUGAAAAAAAAUGUAUUUAUGUAUUUGAUUGGAAUGUAUUUUGCUGUUUGAUGAACAUUUGAUUAAUACGAUUAAGAUGCAGUGCCAAAAUAAUUAGAAAUAUUUAUUAUUUUACCAUUGUUUAGGGAAACAAUUAUUUACAACUAAGUAAACACAACAUGCUUCUGAUAAGUUAUUUGACCCACUUUAUUUAACUAUUACAAUAUGAGAUAUAAGAUACAUAAUGACUAGUGGUCCUUUAUUUCUCUCCAUACCUAGUCUCAUUUUUUGUAGUUUAAAAUAUUAAUUUUACAUUUAAGACAAGUCAAUUCUUUCAGCUUGAUAAUAUGCACCACAGAAUAAGGUCAGAGGCACGUUCUGGUUUGAGCAACCUCCAUAUUUAUUGUGUGUGCCUUAGUUUCUACACAGAGGCUGAGAUGCUACAGUGUGAUCUGCCGACACUGAAGAUUUCAAUUUCAAAUAAUUUGUUAUUUCAUGUUUUGCAUAUUCUGGCGGAUAAGGCAUUUAUUUAUUUCAUUGGAAAGAGAGGAGUUUAUAUUCCUAUUCAAAUAGUUUGACAGCAUACAACAGUUAGGUUGUAAUCCCCACACCUCCCCCAUAGGUUGUAAUCCCCACACCUCCCCCAUAGGUUGUACUCCUCACACAUCCCCAUAGGUUGUAAUCCUUACACCUUCCCCACCCCAAAAUGCUUUUUAAAAUCCAUUGUAUAUUAGAUUUAGAUUUAUAGCUUUUUAUCUUCCAAGAUUGCUUCAUAUAACACACCAUUACAAGUGUUACUAAAUAAUCGAGUUUCUUAAAAUGUAUGUAAAAGUUAUCUUUGUUAAUAUAAUAUUUUAUGAUUUCCAAAAUUUUAUUUAACUUCUCCCCUAACUCACAAUUUCAUUGGUCAAAUGUAUACACCUAACUUCUCGCCUAACUCACAAUUUCAUUGGUGAAAUAUUUACACCUUGUACAUAAUGUAACCUAAUCCCAACGUCAAUUUUACUUCUUAAAGAUAUUUAUAGAACUUAAGAAUCUCAUGAUGUCACAUCGAUGGUUAAUGGUUUUUAUCCAAAUGAUUUUGUUGAAAUGUACAGAGUUUAAAUCUUUAAACUCAAUAAAGAAUUCAAGUUACAAACC